AUGUUCGCCGUCUUCUACGAAUCGCUCCUAUCCCUCAAACUCGUGCACGACAAAAGCAACAUUCUGCUGCUAGCGAUCUGCGUCAGUAAAGCCUGCAUAUUUGCGUAUUCCAUCAUGCAGUAUGCAUCCAUGCACAAAAACGCGAUUAUAAUCCAGACAAAUCGAGAUAUGUUUAAUCAGCCCCUGGUGGAUUUAUCGCGGGAUUUGUGGAAAGAAAUUCGUCCCGCGGAGAUGAUGGUGCCGAUUAUUGUCGGGAUUGCGACUCUGAUUGUGUGUCCGAUUGCGUAUCAGUUGCAUAAGGAGUACUCGUGGGCGAUAUAUCAGUGUGUGCAAGGGGAUCCGAAAACUCGGUUCAGGUAUAGGGGAUACGAGGUCUACCUUGUCUUGAUCUUAUUCGAUCUUUAUUUCCUCGUUGGCUUCAUGAUCCAAUACAAUCUGGUCAACGUCCACUUCAUAGAGCCCGAAUUCUCAUUGACAAUGGCUCUCAUUCCGACUGUGGUCAUGGUCCUGGUCCUGAGCGUGUACUUUGUCCGAUACGAAAACAAAAUUGGAACUAUUAUCGUUAUAAUCUCCUACCUAGGUAUCCUAGCAUACAUCAUCUCCCGCCUCGUCGUUCUCUUUGGAGACAGCCUAUACUCAAAGACCAUAGGAAAGGACAUGAUGCUACUAUUUGCCUUUGCAGCGUUGAUCUUCACCUUUCUCGCUACAGCUUGCGCCAUCUACUGCCUUUUGAAUUAUGACCAUAGUCUCAAGUUGGUGUUCGAUCGAAAGAGCCAGAUUCCGCGACAGUCCUUUGCUUUCCAGGAGCUUCCGAAUCGGUAUAAUGCUUCUCGCGAGUCGUUAAGGAUGUCGAUUGACUAG